AUCGUUCAAUUAAUACUGUUUGUACCUUUAGUAAUACUUGUAAUAUUGGUAGUUCUUGGGGUUUCUAUUAUUUUAAGAAAAAAGGUCAAAUUAAAUCGAGAGAAAUCUUCUCCCUUUGAGUGCGGUUUCGAUUCUAAUUCUAACUUUCGUUUACCAUUCUCCCUUCGGUUUUUUCUAAUCACAAUUAUUUUCUUAAUUUUUGAUGUAGAAAUUGUUAUACUUCUCCCUGCCAUUUAUAGAUUACCUAAAUCUAUUUUAAUCUACUGGUCUAGAGUUUUUCUCCUCUUUCUUUUAAUUCUCCUGUUGGGUUUAUUUCAUGAGUGAAAACAGGGUGCUCUAAAUUGAGCUUUUUAG